CGCAGACGGAGACGCAGACCUCCGCCGACCGUUGAACGGGACAGUUGCGCUUCUCGGUGAAUCAGCUGAUCCCUCGGACAUUUGGACACUUAUUCGCAUCUCCACUGACCGCGUUUCAAAUACGAUUUCCGCCAAUUUCUGUCAACGUGAAGGCCGAAUAGCUUGGGUUUAUUUUUGGGCAGAUAUUUUCGUGUGCCAACAAUUUGUUGUUGGUGUCUCCACACAGUGCGCCAAUUGCCAAGCGAUCGUCGAGAGCAGAACACAUAGGAGUGUUCUGUUUGCAAAAGUUCUGGAUGCGGGAGCCACUCUCCGACCUGCUUAUUUUUCCGGAGAAAACUGUCGGGCUCUGUCUGCAGCUACUACCUUCCAGUACAGUCGCUUCUGGAACAUUUUAAUUCGCUUAAAAGUGCCAUAAGGUCUAGGCGCACACUCACACACAGGCCUUACGUGCUGAGACGAGACACAACAGUUGGAAUUAGUUUUCUGAAUUGGCCCAGACCGCUGCACUUGUGGCUGGGGUUUCCUACAUUUGCACGAACGAGUCGAGUUCCAUCCAAGAGGCAAACACACCUGAGAGUCGAACGUGGCAGGGCAGCUGAAGUGAGGCCGAGGCGGAGGCUGGGAGAGUGCUGUGCGGAUGCAUUUCAUUUGGAAGGGGCCCCGACAAAGACAAUACGGAGGGUUUAAGGAGUGCCUUGGCCCGUUUACGCAACAGAACGGGCCCCUCAGUUCCACAACAACCCACACCGCCAACUUCUCCCCUGCCUACCUCCUAACUCCAGAUACACCAAUCCCUACCAGCAUCCAGCCGCCAAUUCAUUGUCAUCGCCCACAUCUGCUGCUGUCUUGCCGCAUUCUAACGCGGUCUUAUCAUUAAAGCCAACGGAAGCGGCAUCGACAUCGGCAGCGUCAGCGGCAACGGCCACUGGACGGGGAAGGGGACGAGAAAGGGCUGCUGCUGGUGCUGAAACUGAAACCGCUGGAAGCGCAGGAACUAGAACAGGGGCAGCUCGCAUCACAGGAGCCAGGACAGGAGCUGCUGAUGCAGAUGGGAACCGCAUCAAUGGCCUCGUCCAGAACGUUCAUCGGGAGAAGAGGCCUUCCGGAGAAGGUGUACAGCGACAACGCCACCAACUUCGUGGGCACGAGCAAGGUGCUGAACGAGCUGCAUCAAGCGUACCAGAGGGACCAGGACCGGCUCAAGGCGUACGCAGCGCGCCAAGGCGUCGAGUGGUGUUUCAUACCACCGAGAGCACCACACUUCGGCGGAUUGUGGGAGGCAGCCGUCAAAUCAGCCAAGCAGAGGUUGGUACGCGGAGUGGGCAACGCCAAGCUCACCGCGGACGAGCUGUGCACCCACCUGGUAGAGGUAGAGGCUCUUCUCAACUCCCGGCCAAUCGCGUCCCCAGGCAACGAUCCCAGCUGCCGCCCGAAUCAGAUCACGACGACAGAUGCAGCAGGGGAUGCUGUCAGCGCUCAAGCAGCAGUUUUAGCAGGGCUGGUCCAAGGACUACCUGGUCAGCCUGCAGAAGCGUCACCAGUGGGCUACCAAAGGGCCAGACUUGGACAUUGGCUGUCUAGUGCUCGUCCACGAGGACAACACACCGCCACAGAAGUGGACCACAGGACGAGUGGUGGCCGCAAUCAAGGGAGAAGAUGGGAGAGUGCGCGUCGCCGAGGUGCGAACACCCGCGGGCGUAAUUAAACGCCCCAUACACAAAUUGGCAAAACUGCCAAUAGACGGUUGAAGCACCGGAGGUCUUCAACGGGGCCGGAAUGUUGCAGCAGACGAUCGUAAUUACCCUAUCUUAGCGUGUGCGAUGUUGUGAGCAGAGCUUUUGCUCUCACACGCCGCGCUCUUGUACUGCUCUCUGCGCAUUCAAGAUCGGCUCGACGGUGGAUUCGGGGAGUUAUUGCUAUCUCUGGCUGCGAGCAGUCCAAUAAAUGCUUUGAAGUCGA